UUUUAUAAAUUUUAUGCAGGAAAUUUAGUUGGGAGUAAAUCAUCAAAUACCGGACAAUUAGAACGGGAAUUGGACAGGGUUCGCAGUUACCGAGACACGUUAGUUAGUGGUGAAUUGUCGUGGAAAGACGCCACGUUAUUUGCCCAAGACUCGGCGGAUUAUAGUCGUACGGCAUAUAAAAGUUGGCAUUCACUGCGGACCGAAGAGGACGAAUCUAUAAGAUUUCGUCAAGCAUUGAAAACUAGGGACUCGAUGCACCAAGCCGCUCUAUGCGUUCGGAUGGCACAGACCAUGUUGCCCGGUGUUCAAUUUCCGUAUUGUACUUCAAGAGAAGUAUUUGCUAUUCUACAAGUGAUCGAAUACUUGUUCACUGAUUUGCAAGUUUCCGAAAGGUUUGGUCAUGCUCUUGAAGUGUAUAGAAGCUUCAACAAAAGAGCGACGGCAUUGACUCAGUGGCUAAAACAGACUACAGAUGAAACUAUACAUAAAGAUGUAGAAGAAGUGGACGAACGUAUCAAUGAUUUGGCAAGCAUACUGAGUCAAGAAAGAACAAUGAACAGGACAGAGUUUCGGGAGACCAAUUCAGAACGGUACAACAUACUAGGAUCUCAUCAACGCAUUGUUACCAAAUGGCUGGGCGAUACCAUAGGACCUAAAAAAGAAUAUAUUGAGCUGCAUUCAAGAUUUCGUUUAUAACUUAUUAUAUAUAUAUAUAUAUAUAGUCUAAAACGUUUCAAAAUUAUAAAUACUAUUUUUUUCCUUGUAUUUUUGUGUUAUUUAAGCGAAAUUCACCCUGAUCCUGUGUAUUUUAAAAUUAGUUUAAACUUAUAAAAAACAAACAUUAAAAUGUAUAAUUGUGAUUAUAUAGGUACCAUUAUAGUGAUUAAAAUUAACAUGCUCGCCUGCCAAACCUGGAAGCUCAGUGGUAGUUACCAUAGAAACCGAAUAAUAUUUUAAACAAUACAUAGUAAGUAUCUACUGUAAAAAUGAAAAAUUAAUGUGUUUAAAUAAAGUAAAUA